AUGGUUAACGAAAUUGAAUCAUCCAAAGGAAAGACGGUGGAAUAUGAUGUACAAAAGAAGAACCCUGUAUAUUACCUAGUUACAAGACCUGAAGAUCCGGAUCAGUUGGAAGAAUGGAUAGCAGUGCAAUCAAUGCUGGUCUCAUGGAUCAGUAACACGCUGGAGUUAUCAGUGAGAUCAACUCUGGGAGAUUAUGAGGAUGCAAGUAAGUUUGUUGAGAGAGAAGAUUUAUUGCAUUAUUUUCUGAUUGGGUUAGAUUCUGUAUACAGCUCUUUGCGUGAACAAUUGCUUGCAAGAGAACCAUUGCCGUCUGUGGAUGUUGCAUAUCAAACAAUUGUGAACUCAGAACGCCUGAAAAUUGGAGAUGGAGUUGUGACUACAGAGAUGCAAGAGAAUGUUAUGGCUUUUAAGGUGCAAUCUGAUCAACGCCUACUUAAUAGUGCUUAUGAUCCCAACAUACUCUGCAAAACUUGCAGCAGACAAGGACACUCUGAUGAUGGCUGUUUUAAGAUUAUUGGAUAUCCAGAAUGGUGGGGAGACAGACCAAAGAAUGGAAGAGGAGGAAGAACUGGAGGAAGAGGACGUACUGGAAGAGGAGGUAGAGGACAAGGAGGAAAUCCUGUUCGUGCUCAUAACCUGCAUAUUUCGGCAGCAAAGGAGAGUGCUGGUGCUGGUACGUCAUCAGCUGAUGGAACGGGUCUAGUAGGAGUUACAGCAGCACAAGUUCAAGAGGUGAUGGAGUUUUUAAACUCAAGAAAGUCUGGUUCUCAUCUACAAGGACCGGUCUACGAGGAGGAUGAUUGGAGUGGCUGAGAGACAAGGUGGACUAUAUAUUUUCUGUGGUGUGCCGCAUGUUGAAGUUAUGGCUG